CUGAGUGAGUGAGUGAGAGAGAGAGAGAGAGAGAACACAGGAGUGAAACAGUGAGAGAGAGGGAGGAGAAGAAGAAUAACCAUCCAACACUGCAGUCACUGGAAGUCUGACUUCUCCAGCACCUGACCUUCACAUCAGACAUGCAAGCCUGCGUGACCAGGUUUUUGACCCCAGUGCGUGAUGAAGAGGCCGAAUCUCAGAGGAAGGCACGGUCAAGACAGGCUCGACAAACUCGGCGGUCAACACAGGGUGUCACACUGGCAGAUCUCAAGGAGGCUGAAAAGAUGUUUGGCCAAUCGCAGCCAGAGAAGAACACAACUGAGACCGAAAGAUGGGAGGGGGGCAAGACAGCAGGGAGGACAGAAGAAGGAGACAGGCCAGAGGCAAAGUCGUUGCUGGGUCUGCCCAGAAAUCCAGAGGAGAACAGACCCUGGCGAACACGAAGUCACAGUCAGGAGGAUUUGUGUUAUCCACGACAGAGGUUUGGAUCCCAAGCUGAGAACCCAUCCCCUACUUCUGCCAACUGUUUCCUGUUUCCCAAUUCAUCGCUGACCAGCCGGCUACCUACCAGGAUAUCAAGCAAAGACAGCAACAGAAACGGUCAAACCUCUGAACGGAAAAAUGAUGGAGAGAUUGGUAAGGAGCACUCAGAUUUUCUGCAGUCUUUACGAGAAAGACGGCAAGCCAGAGAGCAAAACCUCACAUCCCGGAACCGAGAGCAUGACAGGACGUCCAGGUUAGACUCUGCUUCCAGUGCUGGAGAUGACAGCUCCACUGACCGCCUGCUGAGCCGUAUUAGCUCUUACACCCGUCGUGAAAAUCGGCUCGCCUCAUUGGGGAAAGGUGACGAAGACAGCAGCAGCUCCAAGGAUUACAAGAAGCUCUAUGAAGAUGCCUUGUCUGAAAAUGAGAAACUGAAGAACAAGUUGCAGGAGAACAAGCAGGAGCUGUCCAAAAUUAGGGGCCAGCUGGACAGAGCCAGUCAGAAGCAGGACCGGACUUCAGAAAAAUCAACUGUGCUCGAAUCAGAAAAGAAGGAGAAGCGUGCUUUGGAGAAGAAAGUUUCUGACAUGGAGGAAGAAUUAAAGGUUUUAUCAGAUCUCAAGUCAGACAACCAGCGGCUAAAGGAUGAGAACGGAGCCCUGAUUCGAGUAAUCAGUAAACUGUCCAAGUGAUCCCACCACGACCUGUAGGCUUAUGCACUGUCUGUCGCCUGUGCCCAUAGGAAGGGGAUCGUGAGGCCCAGUCCCCUCGCGCUCGCACACGUGCACACCUGCUCCAUGACUAUGCUGUCCCUGUUCAGUGCCAUGCAGAAUGUGUGUCUCACAUUUAUAGGGGGCUCCUUUUAGCCGCUUUGAUUUUAUUGUAUAAAAUGAAACAAACAACCCUGCAUGCCAAUGGGAAGAAAUUAGAUGAAUUACCUCUGGGAGGUUCAACAGAUGAGAUUCACAGAUUUAGAAUUUUAUUAUUUACAGAAAAAAAUAUUUAGAAGUGUUUUUUUUUUUUUUAUAAUUGAGUGUUCUGUAAUAUCACACGAGUGUACUUAUGUGUCACUUUGAAAUGAUACAAUCUGAAAGAAAUAAGCUUCUUAAGUAUUUGCAGAUCUACUCUAAUCAUAAGACAUGCUCAGCAGUUUUAAGCUGAAUUGGCCUGUUGAUCUCAACAUGCCUACCUAAUUACUUCACUCUGAAUAUUUCCAUUAUUAGUGUUCUAUAAAAAAAAAUCAAUUUGGGUAAUAUGUUGCAUACUAUUUGACAGAGUGAAGGAAAAAAACUCAUCCACUCUCUUAAUAUGUGCUUAGAAAAACAAAUGAUUCAGAUUAAUUUUUAUGAGAAAACAGAAAUGCAUGUAAAUUGAUCAGCAGGUUUUAUGAACAACAUCAAUUUUUUCUCACUUUGCACCUCUAUUCAGAAUUGUGUCAGAUGGAUACCAAAUAGGAAAGAGAAAGAACAAUGGAGAGCAAGGCUGCUGCCAGAUGGCGGGCUUGAUGAGCAUAAGAAUUGUACUUUCAUAUUUUACUGUCAAAGAGUAGAAAGGAGUCACUGCUGUAAUGUCCUUCACAGUCAUGUUGUUUGUAAUCGUUUGAUAAUCCUCUCAUGAAUAUAUAACGCUAUUCUUGAAAAUGUAUUUAAAAAAAUGACAGGUAUGCACAUCCUGAAAACAGAUUUUUGAAUGACACGUAUGCACUUCUGUGUUUUGAAGUAUUUGUAAUUAUUAAUCACACAGCCUUUACUAGGAUAAACAGGGUCAUAAAGUAAAAAAGAGUGAUAAAAAUUAAUCAGGUUUGUCAACCAAAAAAAAAGAAUCAUCAAAUUUUAGAGUGCCUGUCACGUAGUAGUUUACAUUCCUGACUCUCUGCUGCAAAUUUAAAAAUAUCUCGCUGCUCUUUGAAUUCUCCGUUAUUAUCUUGGUCAGUGAGCUGGUACACAAGCCAUUCCUGGCAGCAAGUUUGAAUGGUCCCAUGAGAGACCCAGCAUGGGCGUCUCAUUUAAGCAAUCGUAUGGGCCACAUUUAGUGUUGCUGUCACACUGAAAUUAUUUGGUUGAGAAAAGGGAUGUUCAGGUUAAUGUGAAACUUGCAAAAAUGAAUAUAAAGGCAGUAAUAAAUAACAAGAAGGUCGAAAAGAGAAAGGUUUGGAGCUCCAACUAGGAGAUCCACGUUUAAUGUUAUUUAGCUUUUUGCAAAGAAAAAUAAAAAAAGAUUUUUGCGUGAGCAAAAAUUGGUGACUUGUCCCCCUCUGGUGGUAUGAAGGAGAAGGAAAAAGUGUCUAAGCAUCUUAAAAGACCUAAGAAGACCCAAAGAACAUCAGCCCAUUGAAAUGACUACAUGUGAACCCACUAGUGUCAAAGAGAGUGAGCCCACAAGGACACAUAAUGUGGAAUGUUAUGGGAACUGAGUGAGUUUAUUUUAAAUUACACAUGAAAAUCAUUCCACUUUGGAUAUUAUACAGUAAGUUACAAAGUUAAAGAUAGUUUCUCUGUAAUAAUUUGUGGAUACAACAUAAAAAAUAUGAAGGCACUGUAUACAAAAUAUAGGUGUAAAGAAUGUGUUGACACAUAUAGAGCCUUCACACAAUUUACGACACGUAUGCAUACAGUACAUGGCACACACAGAGAAACGGCCAGUUUGAUGUACUGCAAGUCAUUAGAAUAAUCGAGUCAAUGGGCGCCUUCACUCAAACUACAACUGUUAAUUAAGCCACUCUAUACAAUUCAAAGGUAAGUGUUUACUGUAAUAUUAACACCUUACACAAUGUGCACUGACAUUUAAGGUACAUUUUUACAUUCUAAUAAUUUUUUAUUAAUAAUUUUGAAUACAUUUUGAACUAAACCAUUUUUAUGUGUUUACUUUUCAUAAGUUAGCCAGUUUACUUGGAAGAAAAUACAAAAAUUAUGCUUUUACAGACAGUUUAAACAUAUGUAACUAAACCUUUAUGGUGUUAUGAAGAAAAAAACGAAAGUGCUAAGUUUGUUCCAUCACAAAUACUUGGAGAAACAAAUUUAUAAAACUUCACAAUUGCACUUACCUGGUUGCAUGUGAUGAGCGAGUUACUGGAAUGUAACAAAAGCUUAAAAAACAUUUUGUUUGACCUCCGUAAGACCACUAAAUCGCCAAGAGCAACAAUGAAGAAGAAUGACUAGCUACAGGUCCUCUGUGAGUCAGUUACAAAACUGGGUCUGAUAUGAUUAGGAGAUAGAAAAAUGGGGGUAGCUAUGCAUAGUGCGUAUUCUAUCCCAUGCUUUAAUAAACCCCCGAUAACACUUUAGAAUGAAGGCUGCCAAUCUUGACUUGAACAUUCACUUACUGCUGUGUGAUGAGAACUUCUUUAAGGCUUUGUUUGGGAUUCUGAGUGAGAUGUACAAAAAUGGGACUGGGAUAUGGAUAGUGCCUAUCCUAUCACAUGCUUAGACCGGUCUUAGUAAGAUUUACAAACACUUUAGAAUGGGGGCUGCCAAUUUUUACUUUUAUAUUCGCUUUCUGCAGUGUAAUGAGAACUUCAUUAAGGCUUUGUUUGGGGGGUCUUAGUGAGACAUACAAAAAUGGGGGUAGGCCAUGCAUAGUGCAUCUCCUAUAAUAUGCUUGACCUGUCUUAAUAAGAUUUACACACCCCUAGUGACACUUUAGAAUGGGGAUGGCCAAUUUUAACCUUCAUAUUCACUAAAUGCAAUGUAAUAUGAACUUCAUUAAGGCUUUUUUGUGGGAGUGAAAAGUACAAAAAUGGGGGCGGGCCACGUAUAGCACACAUCCUAUCACAUGCUUUGUCCCGUACAAAUCCCCAAUGACAUUUUACAAUGGGGGCUGUGAAUUUUAACUUACUGCUGUGUGACAAGAACUUCAUUAAAUCUUUAUUUGGGUGUCUUAGUCAGACAUACAAAAAUGGAGACUAGUGCAUCAGUUACUACUUGAUAAUGAGAUUCUGUAUUUUUAGGUCUAAAUAACACUCACAAAGCAGGAUACUGGCCAUCAAUAAGCAACAAUUUCCAUAUUGCAUCAACAGCUUUUGAAAGGUGUUAUCUAUGUGUAAUACAUAAAUAAAUGACUAAUUGAUUAACUAUAGAAUGCAUUUAAAGCCCCUUGUCUAGAGUGUUACCAAAAUUAUUACUACCAGCUACAGAACACAUCAAUCAUUCACUUCAGAAUAUUACAGGACAAGAUGUAGUAGUCCAUCUGCUACCAUUGUGAAAGUAACGGACAUCCUGAACACACCAUAGUGCCGAGCUGCUUUGCCUGAUACGCCAUUCCCUGCCUUAAUUAAAAGCUAAGCUCCUCAUGUCUCAGUGUGCCUUACUCACACACAAUGUUUGAAAAACAAGUCGCUUAUGGUAUUAUGGGAUGAGAAGUUAAAGUGUGGCUUUUUGAAACCAGUGCUUUGAAUAUAAAUGAAUGCAGUAAUAUAACAGUCAUGGUGAAAAUAUGAUUACAGAAAUAUAAAGUAAAAAAUAACACUUAAACAGAUGUCAUAGGAGAAAUAAAACUUCAGACAGAAUGUCGCCAUAUGAUUAUAGUAUUUGUGUUAAAAAUUGGCUGUUUCUUAAUAAGAUAAACAGAGCUUUCCUUCAGGCUUUUUAUUUACUUACUACAUCCAAGAUUACAAAGUUAAGACAUAAGUAGAAUCCUUGUUCCUUAUGAGGCACAUGCAAUAUGUCUAGUCACAGGGCCAUUAAGGAAUUGUUUUAUUCACUUCAACAUAAAUAGUAGAAGCCCUAGACCAAAAAAUAAAGAAGUAAUAAUAUAUAUACUGUAUAUAUUAGGCAUUAGGAAAUAUUUUAGGUAACACUUUAGUUGAACACUCAUUUACUCUUAAGCACUUCUCUAGAUCUUAAUAACAUUUACAAAACAUCAGUAGAUAGGUUAUUCAUGUCUGUACAAUGUGACAUAUUGACAUGAUGUUAAAAGUUCUUGAUAAUAUGAAGGAUUGAGAGCUCUUCUUCUAAAUAUGUAAUAUCAAGAGAAAUGUGUUCUUAGUUAAGCCACCCUAGUACAGUCAGGAAAUGUGAAGUUUUGUUAGUAGGUCACAUUGCAGAGAGGAAUAAACAAUUUUUGUAGUAUCUCAAGUAAAGUGUUACCUUGUUAUAAAGUAUGUGAAUAGAAACUGCAAGUGUCUUUUAAUAGGUUUAUGAGUUAUUUCAGCUCAGUAAUGGUGAUGGUGGUGCCUUCUUUUCAUGAUGCUGCCUUGGCCUUGAAGUAUUACCCCAGUAAGCUUGGACUGUGUCAUUCAACGUAAUAUGUCAGAAAGAACGAGAAUCAACGAGGUUGGAUAAGACAAUGGGGUUUUCUGUUGUUUUAAUCAGGUUUAAGUGAUGUGUAUUGUUCUUUCAAUACAAAAGCCUCUCAGUUCUUAUGCAGCUUACAGUAUGUUGCUGUAGAUGUUGUCCUCACCUUUGCUUGUUUUUCAUGAAAAUCAAAAUCCACCUCUUAUUCUCUGUUCCAUACAAACACUUACUAUGUUAUCAUCUUCAGUGUAGAUAAUCAUAUUUCUUUAGAAAGCAGGUCCUUUCUAGUCACAGUGACAGAUUCCUUCUAAAGUUAUAGUGGUUAUCCAAGGGAAUGACAGACUGAAGCAAAAAUUAAUUUUGGGGUUCCAACCCAGCUAUCUCUGUUUAUAUAACAGUUUAAUCAAAAACCGUGUUCAAUGGUUGUAAAAUUAAAGAAAAAACUGCUGUCACCAGAAUAAUGUGGCUACUACAAUAAAGAUGCUUCAUCUCCUGUAAGGUUAGCAAAGCGCUCCUUUGCUCUGGUCGCUUGGAUAAGAAGUGAUGCUUCCUACUCAUUGGUCGUCUUUUUAUGGCACAGGGAGCAGAAGGGGUAGAGUCACUAGUCCUCAUUGGAUGGUUUCUUUACACCAUGGAGGAAGAAGAAAACAAGACAGUAGCAGUGCCCCCUCUCAGUCUGGAGUGGUAUCAUAUACCUGGGAGGAACUUGAAGGGCGAACCCCCUGACAUACAAGCAUGAACUAUACAUAUAUACAUAUGUUACGGAUGAGGGAACACACUGGAUGAUUCCAAAGAAUUGUUGGAUUGCCAACCAGGUAGAAUUAUUAAACAAUACAGGUGUAAGACAAUGCAAAAAAAUAUAAAAAAUAGUCAGCCAUUGCCUUGGGUCGAUUUCUUAAGUCAGUCUGUCUUGGUGGGAGCUCUGUCCAACUCAGGUCCGAAUGAGAAGCCACCUUGUUAGGACAUCUAGGUUUUAUGCUUUGACCAUGAGGGGUGGCUUUAGGUGCUCUCAUUGGGCAUCUUCUCGUUGCUUUGGAUGAAAACAGCAGUGAUAAUAUUAGCAAAAGCACCCCCUCUUGUCCCAGAGUGGUACUACAUAUCUCUGAUGAGGCCAGAAGGUGAUCCUUCAAUGUGCAUGUGUGACAAUAUUUCUAUAUAAAGUACAGCACAAAUACACACACACACACACACACACUAUAUAUAUAUAUAUAUAUAUAUAUAUAUAUAUAUAUAUAUAUAUAUAUACUACUACUACUUCCAACUAAAAUCAAGUCUGUAACCUCCCACUGAUUAGUCAUGGAGCAGGCUUCUAAACGAAAGCAACACUUCUGGAACUCUUCUUCUUCACUAUGGCAUAGUGCUGCAAUCACGCUCUUGGAUGCAGCAGUUUCACUUUAUUAGUGCAUCAUUUGCUGCAUAAUUCAUAAGCAAACUUUCAACCAUAACACUCAGCAAUUAAAAGAAAAAAAAAUCAAACUGCUUGUUUAAUUAAACUUGUCAAUGGUUGGCUUUUUGUUAGCCUUCACAAAGGGUAGUUUUCAAGCGGACAGUCUCUACCCAGGGUUACUAUUUUUGAUUUACAAACCAAGUGCAUAAUUAUGAGAAAGCUGUUUAAGGUGGCCAUUUUUGCACUAUUCUGUGACUUCCAAUAGCAUGUGAGAAAACACCUGCUGCUGCAAGUCCUUUACAAUGUAUUAUCAUUCCUUUUAUGCUCUUUGUAUAUUGGAUGCUUGAACUUUAUUCAUAGAUGCCUUGUAAAUUACUUGCCAGGAAAAGACAAUUAUAUAAGACCAUGUUUACAAGCAUAUUAAUAUUUGCUAUGAUGCUGCUAAUGUAAGCUCCCACAGUGCAAUAUGAGAGCUUGAGUAGAAAAAUCCCUGAUGUCAAUUCUCUCUGUACCCAGUAGAUGUCAGUAGAAGCUUAGAUUUGUACCAGUUUGUUGGCCGGUUUAAAAGACAGAGCUGGCAAAUAUUCAUUCUGCUGUAUCUGGCAAUGGAGGAGUCCCACUUACAAAGUCUCUGAUUGUGCAUUACAACUGAAAUGCCAUUAGAACAAAACUUCAUGGGGCUCACUGGAUUCUUUGGCUAUGUUCUGUUCUGUCAAUGGCUGCUAGCCCAAAAUUCAGUUUGUAUAAACAGGCGAGCUCUGCCUUUCUACAGAGUUGAUUUUCAGAGUGACCUUCUACUCUGUUUAUGUACAGAAAGGAAUUACAAUGGGCCUUAAUGGCUGUAAUGUUCAGACAAUAUGCAGUCUGGUCAUCUUUUACUACAAUAAAUUAAUUUUACUUUUAAUUAAAAAUAAGAUGAAACAAAAUUAAUUUUACAUAGUUUUUUUAUUUUAAACUUAAUCUAACUCUCUGUGUUGAUAGAUGUGCUAGGGGUUUCUUUGUUUUUAAAGGCUAAAUGAACAUUUAUUAACUGGAGAUGGGAAAUCAUAAGAUUGACUGACUUUCGCUUGCUAACUUGCUGGUUAAAAUAUUGACUAUCUAUCUAUCUAUCUAUCUAUCUAUCUAUCUAUCUAUCUAUCUAUCUAUCUAUCUAUCUAUCUAUCUAAUAUGCGUGCCUCCAAAGUCAAUGAAUGUACGGUAUAAACCUCACCGUGUCUUGAUGUGUCAUCCAUUUCUAGGAGUGCUUGUUGAGUCUCUACUGACCCGAGUAUCUGAAGGCCCCAAGUAAUUUCAAAUUAGCACCUUUACUUGUGACUUACUGGAAGUGAACUCUAAUGCUUCAAGCUGAAUUCUUAGAUUGUUUUCCUAGAGGAAAAUGAAUGUUUCAGGACCCAUAAUAAUUUCCAAAGAUGUAACGAGUUUUGAAAAUGGUGUCAAAGGGAAACAUGUUUCUUCUUGUACAUUGAGUGCAUUGAUGUGUUUUCAGAGUGCAUACUGUAUGUAACUGUUACUAAAUAAAAAAGAAUGCAUACAAUAAUUAAAAAUCA